AUGGGGGAGUGGGCGUUCCUCGGCUCGCUCCUGGACGCCGUGCAACUGCAGUCGCCGCUCGUGGGCCGCCUGUGGCUGGUGGUCAUGCUGAUCUUCCGCAUCCUGGUGCUGGCCACGGUGGGCGGCGCCGUGUUCGAGGAUGAGCAGGAGGAGUUCGUGUGCAACACGCUGCAGCCGGGCUGUCGCCAGACCUGCUACGACCGCGCCUUCCCCGUCUCCCACUACCGCUUCUGGCUCUUCCACAUCCUGCUGCUGUCGGCGCCCCCGGUGCUCUUCGUCAUCUACUCUGUGCACCGGGCCAGCAAGGAGCCGGGCGGCGCGGCCGGCGGGGCGGGGUCGCUGGGGCCCCCGGGGCGCCCGGGGGGCCGCCGCGCGCGCCGCUGCUACCUGCUGAGCGUGGCGCUGCGCCUGCUGGCCGAGCUGGCCUUCCUGGCGGGCCAGGCGCUGCUCUACGGCUUCCGCGUGGCCCCGCACUUCAUGUGCGCCGCUGCCCCGUGCCCACACACGGUGGACUGCUUCGUGAGCCGGCCCACCGAGAAGACCGUCUUCGUGAUCUUUUACUUCGCCGUGGGGCUGCUCUCGGCGCUGCUCAGCGUGGCCGAGCUGGGCCACCUGCUCUGGAAGGGCCGCCCGCGCACCGGCCACUGUCGCCGGGCGGCCGAGCGCGACAACCGCUGCAACCGCGCGCACGAGGAGGCGCAGCAGCUGCUCCCGCCGCCGCCGCCGCCGCCGCCGCCGCCGCCGCCCGCCCUGCCCGCCAGGCGCCCGGGCCCUGACCCCUACGCCCCGCCCUCCUAUGCUCACCGGGCGCCGGCCUGCGACAGCGAGGGCGGCAGCGGCCGCAGCAAGGCUUCGCUGGCCACCGUCCGCCAGGACCUGGCCAUCUAG